AUGGUCACCGAGCAUAUCCUCACAAGCCUCACUCGCAAGCGUAAGAUUGCUGACGUGGAGGUGCAAGACUUCGCACUCGUCGACAGUUCUUCGGAGCAGACGGACUUUGAUUUCGAGGAGGCGCUGGAGGCGCACGACCGGGCAGAAGCUGCUCGCGGAGGCCCAGUCCCUGCAGAAGAUGAAUUGCCUGACCCCAGGACUCUUCACGAGGACGAGAUAGCCAAGAGCCAGAUGACCUCUGCAGACUACGAGCAGAAGCUUUCCCCGAGCGAGGCGCUGCUGUCGAAGUUCAUUCAGAAGGGCGAGCAGCUCAUGCACUACCCG